AUUAGUAGUAGACAGUUCGUCGAGCCGGAAAGUUGACAUAAAAAAGUCGGUGUGAAAUAAUUGUGCGGCGAAAAAAAUUAUUAUUAUGGCAAAUUUAGUUUGGGUCUUCAUUAUAACUUCAGUUUCCAGCUUAACAUUGACUCCCGCAUUUGGUAAAAAUGCUACUAUAGUCAAUGUAAAACCUUCCGAGUCUUAUUUGCAUCAUACAUUGAAAGGUAUCCCUAUAGUAGUGCAUACUCAGGCCCAGAAUUACGAGCAUCCAACUUUAAGCGAAUACGAAGAAUGCCAUCGAAAUUUGGACAAUUGCAAGGAAGGUUGUAAAAAUGCAGCGAAUCAGACUGAUUGCGAAGGCAAGUGCCCAGUGUGCCCGAUUCUUAUAGCUGAACAGAUUUUAGUUCAGGGUGUCAACGAUACGGAUUACAGGGCGGCGCCUACGAAACCUUUGAAUACCACGAAUAUAAUACGAUUGACUAACGAAAUUCACAACAUCAUCGAUAAUCAGUUGGGUAAUGUGACUCACAACAGUUUGAAUAAUAUACAUAUACACCAAAAUGUGUCACGGGUUGGUGGAAAGUUUGGUUUCGGUUUCAAUCAUACGCAGCCUUGUUGCUUGGUAGUUCGUUCAUCGAAAAACUGCGACAAAUCAAAGUUUUCAACAGCAGCACGUUGUCACCACAAGCGUCACAGGGUCUGUGGAGAGAAAUGCAAAGCACGAGUUAUGUUCGCCAAACCGGUGAAGGUUUGUGAAAGGAGUGUCGACGACGAUGAUAAUGUAAGCGAAGAACAUGAAAAUUGUCAUCAGGCGACUAAAUAUGUACCGUACCACAAAAGGACUCAGUCAAGGAAAUUGAAAUGUUUCUAUCAACCACGUUGGCCAUAUGUCAGUUGUCCGAAUAGGGGAAGCUCUACCAGAAGUAAGAGCUGUGAACGUUGUUACCGGUUACCUUAUGGACGAAUUUUGUUAUAUGGUGUACCCGCACAAUGUAUAAAUUGUUUUCAACGUUAUUCUUAUAGUCGCAGCUUUGGUGCUAGUGUGUAUCCGUCCUACUAUCCACCGAUGAUAGGUUCUUGGCCUAUGAUCAUGAAUGAUAAUUUUGGAGAAUACGAUGAUGACGACGAUUUUGAAGGAGUAGAAAUUAAAGACGACAAUUUGGUUGAUGAGAAAACUAAAUGCCGAUUGCCGGAUGGGUCGCGCAUUGACGAGUGUACUGAGAUAGAAGGUAGUGGUGAAGACUUCGAAAUAGACAACGGUUUGCAUUCUGGAAAUAAACCAACGACUGAUGACCCUCUCGGAAACCUACCAGAAAUUCAGCUUAGUGACGAUGACUAUUAUGAUGAUAUGUCGCUACAUACGUGGCCAGGUGCUGCACGCAGACGUCGCCAUUCCUUUCAUCGCUCCAAAUAUAGCCGUCGGCAUAUGAAAAAUUCCUCUAACCUAUAAAUUAAUUACUUUAGCUGGAAAGCUAGCAAUUAAAAUUUUUUUCUAUUCAAACUUAACGUAACGAUCAGAUAUCUCUCUGUUAAUACAUGCUAGCUAACAUUGAUGUACAAAUUCCGUUAACUCUGGAAAAUACACACUUUUUUGCAAUUUUCUCCAA